GAUGGGGGGGGGGCGGGUGGGGCUGGGGAGGGAGGCUGGGGGUUUGAGGCAAAGGCAAACGAGGACUCACGGAGGAGAGGAAGACAGCAUCCAGUCCAGGUUUGUUGUGAACAAACGUGGACGCAGACCCGGACGAGCUGCCGCGGAAGUCGUCUUCCCUCCUCCGUCAGCGGCCUUUUCUGACCUUUUUUUGUUUUGUUUUUGUAUCUGUGACGCCCAGCUCCAUCAGCGGCGUUAAGCAGCUCACCUGCCACCUGUCGCGCUGAGAGACACACACUGACUGUACAUGCUGUACAGAUGAGUCUCAGCAGGGAAGAGACUGCGGAUAAGAGAAUAAGGAAACCUCAGCUCAUUCAUUAAGUAGGAAAAUUGGAAAAUCAAUGUGUAUUUUUAUUCAUAUGGCUUAGCAGUUAGCUGUUUUGUGUUUGACAUCAUGUCAUUGUUUUAAUUUUCAACAGCCUGUCAUCAUUCUGUAACGCUUCUGCUGUUUUUAGAUCAUUUAUAUUCCACGAUAUCAGUGUUUGUUUAUAACGAGGAAACUGACCUCGAGUAAGAUAACACGACUUAUCUCAGUUUGUUCCCUAAUUUAUUACUAAACAGUCUCCAGUUUGCCUUUUUGUCAGAUUCCUCGGAGCAGGGAAACCUAACCGGACAGGGGGAGCAGCCGUUUCAGAUGGGCCAUCAUGUACAUAACACUUUUAUAUAGCUGAUAAAGGCAGACGAAUACUUGUUUGUGUAGAUAUUCCCCAUGAACAUUGAAUGUGCAUAGCUUCAUAUGGUCUUUGCUCUUAAACUGGAUGCUCAUUUGUAAUUCUUUUAAAAGGUAAAUUGUAAUUUGUAGCUACCUUGGUGACACAUUUCCUGUGGCUGUGCAUAUUGAUUGUACUUGAUGCAUAGAGCCUCGUUCCUACUGUAUUAAAAAGGCAGUAAAAUGCACGUGUGGGUUCAAGUUGAAUUGAUCUUCAUGAGUGUCUGGGACCCUUGCUGAUUGUGCACGAUUUUCUCAGGUGGCAGUCUGAAGCCACCAGAAGCUAAGUUAGCAUUGUUUACAGCGACCCUCCCCCACCCGGCUUUACCGGCUCCUCCUACUCGGCAAGCUAGCCAGUUAGCUGUCGCUGGGGGGAAAGCGGCCAGAAAUCCAGCUUGUUUAAAAAAAAUAAUAAUAAAAAUAACACCGAGGGCCUCCUGGAUGAGACUCGUUCAUCCAGAAAACACAAGAAACUGCCUUAAUGGGACGCGUGUUCAGUGGAUAUUACGACGCGAUGGCCAGCUAGCGAGCGGUCAGAAGCUAGCUGCGGCUAGCUGGUCGGCUACAUCACAGAGCUAGCUAACGGCUAGCUCCCGGAGCUCCAGCGACGAGCGACUAACUCGGUGUUUUUUCCGCCUUUUUGACAUUCGUUUUCGUGCCAUGACAUCUUUGAUUUGACCGAGCUUGGUUUGUACGUUGGUUAGAUUACGUUAUCAGGGGGACUGCUUUCUUUCUGUAAUAUGUAGGUCACUGUACCCCGGCCAGUGAUAGUUAUGUGGGCCAUAGACAUCAUCGGGUCGACCUAUUAGCCGAAACAGCUGGUUAGCACGAUAGCUAGCUGGUUGCCCGACGGCAGAGGAUUUUUCUUUAAUCUGUCAUUUCCAACGUAAAAGGCAAUAACGUUCAUGCUUGUGUGAGUGAGAAUUACUCUGCAGAUUGCGCGGCAGAGGUUAGCGUCGGGCUGAACGUUUUUAAUUUGGUCACAUUUUGGAGUCGCCGCCGGCCAUCGUUAGCUAGUUAGCUAACUAGCUAGCUAGCUGGAUGCUGUUAGCUAAGUUAACCGAGCAGCUUCACUAACGUUAACCAGGUAAGUGCAGCUUGCUACGAGCAAACGCGGAUUAAAGUGUACGAAUCGUUGAUUCGUGCGUUAGCUGUCACGCCGCAUCCAGGAUGUGUUUCAUGAAUUUAGCUGUGCUUGAACUCGACUUGCUUCAGACUUUUAAUGUGUGUGUGUUAGCUAGCUAAAUAAAUUAGCCUGGCUCCGGCUGCAGCGUUAACACAGUAGCUCUGCCUUUUCUUCAUCUUGGCAUCGAGCUCGCUUGUUUACAUCGGCGGCGUUAACGCUACACCUCCAGCUCAGCCUUCCCCGUUUGCACACGCAGGAAACUAACGGAUCAUGCGGAGCGGGGGGCUGCGUUUCCUGCGAGCCUAGCCGGGCGGCAGCAGCAGCUUUGGGGGGCGCACGAAGCGGACUGUUACGGGGGUUUUUGGUGAGAAGGAGGAUGGCAUUUCACGGCGCAGGCCGGCAGACCGUCUGCGGAGACUUGUUUCCGGGCUCUGAGCUGGGCCACAAGUAUUUCUGUGUCAACUCCUCCUGCGGAGCCCCCUCCACGGGCCUCAGCGCUACACCGUGCCUGACCGGACCCACUGCCCCGGCUGGGACCCCUCGCCACCCCACAGCUCUCGGAGGGAGCACCGGCGGCGGAGCAGCGGUGCCUCAGCCCUACAGCAACCCGGCCAGCGAGGUGCCCAGCCCCGCAGAGAUGGAGCCGGACCGCCCCAUCGGUUAUGGCGCAUUUGGUGUUGUCUGGUCAGUUACCGAUCCGCGUGACGGUCGCAAGGUGGCUUUGAAGAAGAUGCCCAACGUCUUCCAGAACCUGGUCUCCUGUAAGAGGGUCUUCAGAGAGCUGAGGAUGCUGUGCUUCUUCAAACAUGACAACGUUUUGUCAGCUCUGGACAUUUUGCAGCCUCCACAAAUCGACUGCUUCGAGGAAAUAUACGUGAUAACAGAACUGAUGCAGAGCGACCUCCACAAAGUGAUCGUGUCUCCCCAGCCUCUCACCACCGACCACAUCAAGGUCUUCCUCUAUCAGAUCCUCCGAGGUUUGAAGUACCUGCACUCUGCCGGGAUCCUGCACAGAGACAUCAAACCCGGAAACCUGCUGGUCAACAGCAACUGCCUGCUGAAGAUUUGUGAUUUCGGCUUGGCGCGGGUGGAGGAGCCCGACCCGUCCCGUCACAUGACCCAGGAGGUGGUGACGCAGUACUACAGGGCGCCGGAGGUGCUGAUGGGCUGCCGACACUACGGCUCGGCCAUCGACGUCUGGUCGGUGGGCUGCAUCUUCGCAGAGCUGCUGGGACGACGCAUCCUCUUCCAGGCGCAGAGCCCCAUCCAGCAGCCGUCGCUGUCGGUGCUCUACAUGCUGUCUGACGGAGCCACGCACGAGGCGGUGCACCUGCUCUGCCGGAUGCUGGUCUUUGAUCCCGCGAAAAGGAUUUCUGGCAGCGACGCCCUCUCCCACCCGUACCUGGACGAAGGGCGUCUGCGCUACCACACCUGCAUGUGUCAGUGCUGCUACUCUGUUCCCAGCGGGCGGGUUUACACCCGGGACUUCGAGCCGGUCGCCGAGCGGCCGUUCAGCCACAGCUACGAGAACAGUCUGCUGUCCGUGUGGCAGGGAAAAGAGUUAAUCCAUCGCUUCAUCACGGAGCACCAGCAGGGCAAACGGGUGCCGCUGUGCAUCAACCCUCAGAGUGCCGCCUUCAAGACCUUCAUCAGGUCCACUGCAUGGCACUCCUCCAAGGUGUCCAGGAAGGAGGAGAGAUGAACGCUCCUCCUCCUCCUCUUCCUGAGGAGCGACAGCAGUUUGAGGAAGGAUUUCAUUGGCCGUGGCAUCUGAAAAUACCGAAGAAUUUGGGUCUUUCCUUUUUCUUUUUUCUUUCUGUUCACCCGGCGAGACGAGGCGGGGAAACAGCCGACCCACCCGAGCUCCUCUUGAACACCUCGCUGUUUUUUCCCCUUCAAAUCUGCGAAGUUUCCAGAAUAUGAAAACUACUGCUUCAUUUUUUUUUUUUUUUUUAAACGACCCAAACAGCUGAUGCUCGAGGCGUUUUCGGUGCUGAAUUAAAACAACAUGCUGCUGAAGUCUCUGAGGAAUAAGAGAGAGGAAAGUAACUGAACUCGGUACUUCAUUGGAUUUUCCAUCGUUGUUAGAGACAUUAAGACAUAACGGUUUUAAUUGUUUGGUAGACGUGUUGCUUAGAUUUUUGAAGUCAUUCCAGCCCUGUGCAAUAUGGUUUAAUUUAAUCCGGAUUUUGGGACGCUUGCUGUUCGACCACGCACGGGAUCGGUGUGUCACAAGCUCCCCAAACGUGACGUUAUAACCCGCCAAAUGACAUGACGCCGCUAACCGCCAAACACCUCCAAGGUUUUCUCUUUAUGUUUUUUUUUAACUGCAUUUGAACACAUCACUCACUGUGUUUUCGUCCGCGCGGCGUCUUCGUGCGUCGACGCGGCGAUAAUAAUGCAAUCUAACAGAUGUAGCAGGUUUUAACCACCGUUCCCCCGCUGGUUCCCCGCGCGCCGUUAGCUUCGUCGUUGUCUUUUCCUCCCGCCGAGUUGUUUUGGUCCUGGAUCGGCACUGUUUGACCACCGUGACCUCUUCUUCUUCUUCUUCUUCUUCUUCUUCUUCUUCUUCUUCUUUUGUUUUAGUUUAGAAACCUGCCACAUUCAGCGAGAGUUUAAUCAGGAUACAAAGCUGAACGGAGCAGGAAGUCAUUCCCCGCAGUUGUUUCUAAAGUCUGAUGUCAGCAGACUGUUGGAUCGCAAAUUAUUAUUAUUAUUUUUGAAAAUUAUGACAGGAAGUUGUGACUUUAAGUGUUUUGAGUAAAAAAAUUUUAUUUUUCAAAACGGUCAUUGACUGCUUUUUCCCAUCUCGACGUGUUUUACCGUAACGCCACGUGGACAUUUUGCUUUUCCUGCUGACUUCCUCGCCGUUGUGUCCCACCAGCGGAGAGAGGAAGAGGAACAGAUGGUGUUUAGUUUUGUUUUUUUCCUUAAUUUAUUGAGUGUUUGUUGAAGAGUGUGUUUUUGUUUGCAGCCCUCGCCCGCCGCCCCGCGCGCACGUCUGUGGCGGUCCUGGUUACCUCAAACCCUGGAAAGACAAAAAAAAAAAGAAAAAAGAACUGAUGUGUGCGUAUCUGUAAAGUGAAACCCUCGUCAUUCCUCCGGAUUCAGACUUGUUUUACCUCGCGCUCGCCCCGCGUCUCUCGCCCGCCCUUCAGAGUCAGUGUGAGGUUUUGAGAGAGGGAUGUUGUCGGUGAAAUGCUGCUGUUUUUUCUUUUUCUCUUUUGGUUUGUUGUUUUUAGUUUAAGGCUCAGGUGUCCCGUUAUAGACUAUGAAUUGUACAAAGCCACACGAGGAGGCACCAGUAUUGAUCCUGGUUUGGAUUAUCAGGACGGAAAGAGGUGAAGAACAGUAUCCGAUGCGACGCCGCGAGAAGUCUGACGUUUCGUGGAAGAGCGUCGACUCUCUCGUGAUGUGAAUUCUGUUAUUUUUGUCCUGUGACGUCAAACUGACGGAUGAUGUCGUGGCCGCCGCGGGCGACAAAAUGAAGUCUGGGUUCAUUUCCGCAGUGAAGCCCGACGCGACCGUACUGCUGGUUUUGCUGGUUUUGCCUGUUUUAACAACAGAUUUUGUCACCUUUCCUCCAGUUCACCAAAUCAUCUGCUGUUUGCUUUCAGCUCAGUGACGAAGGACUUCCCGUUAAUUGAUAAUCCAUCACAGUCAACUAAUGAAUGUUUUCAUUAUCAGUUAAUUGUUUGGUCUAUAAAAUGUUCCCAUUCCUUCAAAUCUCUCGUUUUUAUCUGGCCAGCAGUCCAAAAACCCCCCAAACCCCCCAAACACACAUUCAGUUCACUACAAGACAAAGUUCAGAUUUAACGUAAACCGUUAACACCUUAUCAAAGUUGUUGCCGAUUAAUUUUCUGUCCAUUGACGAAUCAAUGAAUGGACUAAUUGUUGGAGCCGCUGGGCCCGGACGCUGCUCUCCACAGUGGUGCGUUCAAAGACGCUCUGACUUUCUACCAACUGAAUUUUUCUAAUAUGGAAAUUGUAGCCCAGAUUGUCAUUUGCCUUAACUUGAUGCAAAAACUCGAAGGGCGCUCGGAGAGAUGGAUUCCUCCUCGUGGUCCUGACGCUGCGUCAGUUCAAUACAAACCUGCACCCACAGCAGAACUCUGCAGAGGGUUUAGUCUGCCAGCUGAUGUGUGGGGGGAAAUGAAAGUGUACAAGACAGUCAAACGUGUAAAACCAUCAGUAUGGUCGUCUGGCUUCUGGUGGCCCCGAGACAUUCGAUCCCUUUUUGACUGCGGGAACUUUUCCAGGAACCUUUUUUUUUUUUUUUUUUUUUUUUUUUAGGAUCUCAGGAACUUUAACGAUGAGACGGCGCCGGACGCUCUGCAACAACUCAGACAGCGUGACGGCCGGCCACCUCGGCAUUCAAACAUCACAGCAGUUCGUCUCUAACCCGGCUGUUUUGGUUCAGUUUAUUUAAACCUCAUGAGAACACACUGAAGGAGCCGUUACUUCCUGGUUCAGUUCCUGUGGCUCCUCAGUUCCUGGAUCAUGUGUGUUUUGUUUAAAUGGUGAGAAGCUGCGGUCAAAACGUUCUCAGAUGAAUAGUUUUUUCUUGUGCACGUCCUGAACCUCCAGCAGGCGGGGCCCCCGAGCCUCCGGGCCCCCGAGCGUCCUCGUUGAUCCCUCACAGUUUCCUGAACCCCUGAAACCUCAGCUCCUCCUCUACAGGAACACAGCGAGUCUCUGGCGGCCUGACUUGUAUAUCUGCAUGUGUAUAUUUAUUAUCCCAUGGAGAGCGUUUGGGUUUGAAUGCUGUGCAAUGGUUGAGUUUGUCGACGACGACGAAAACGUACAUUUUGUGGUCAUUUUAUUUAAUUCAUCUUAGGAAGUGAUUUUAUUAGAAGUUUUUGUUUUUGUUUGUUGUGAUCUAAUUAGAUUUUUAGGAAGCCAAAAGUCCGGAGAACGUUUUGAUAAUUGUUCCUCAAAAAAACCCAGAGAGGCUGCGCACGCCGCCGGCACGGACGCGUUCCUUUAGCAGCGGCGCUUCAUUCUGAUCACGUGACUCAAACGCCGCUACCUGAAAUAAACGCGUCGGUGUAAACUGUGACCUCAAAUUACAACUUCACUCCCUCAAAUUGCUGAAUCAGUUUGCUUAAAUUAACGGUAAUAUUCUCUUCUUCUUCUUCGUCUUCUUCAUUCGUCUUCUUCUUCAUUCUUCGUCUUCUUCCUUCUUCUUCUUCUUCUUCUUCUUCUUCUUCUUCCUUCUUCUCUUCUUCUUCUUCCUUCUUCUUCUUCCUUCUUCUUCUUCUUCUUCUUCUUCGUCUUCUUCUUCUUCUUCCUUCGUCUUCUUCUUCUUCUUCUUCGUCUUCUUCUUCUUCUUCCUUCUUCUUCUUCUUCUUCUUCCUUCGCUUCUUCCUUCGUCUUCUUCCUUCGUCUUCUUCUUCUUCUUCUUCUUCUUCUUCUUCUUCUUCGUCUUCUUCUUCUUCUUCUUCGUCUUCUUCCUUCUUCGUCUUCUUCCUUCGUCUUCUUCUUCUUCAUUCGUCUUCUUCUUCUUCAUUCGUCUUCUUCCUUCUUCUUCUUCUUCUUCUUCUUCUUCUUCUUCUUCUUCCUUCUUCUUCUUCUUCCUUCGUCUUCUUCUUCUUCUUUUAUUCCCUAAACGCUCCAACUGAACUUGGACAUCACAGGAUGAAUUUGGCGUUUAAAAAAAUAAUUAGGACCUGCAACUAAUUUUCAUAAUCGUUUUUUAUCUCCAAAAAAAAAAACCUCACGAUGUCUCCUAGAAAUUCCGUUCAUGCGCUGCUGAUUGUUUUCAUUUCUCCGUGGUUAGAUUUCGGCGACAGAAGCACUUUGGUGAAGUUUAGAGAGCGACUGUGUUUCAAAGUAAACGCGUCGUCUCGCCCAAAGCUUCACCGUAAAAACGUGAGCCGUGCUCCGGUCGCUGCGAGCAGCUUAUCGCACAACAGAACUGGCGAAACGUUUUGCCGUUAUGUUGUAAAGAUCCAGCUGCCGUUAGCUUUCUUCCACAGCGCGACGCAUACAAACGUAAACUGCUGCGAGACGAGGUUUCUGCGAAAGUCUGAGAAAUCCCUUAAAAAGAAAAGCAGCGAGUCGUCACGUCGCAGGAGCUGCAGCUACAGACCGUUUCUGCUUGAAAAACGCCGACUGGCUUUCCAUCUUUCGACUGUUUCGACUCUAAAGUGAAUAAACAAACAUUAAAUCGAAGCUACGGCAUAAACUCAGCGCGGAAAGAAGUAAUUUGAGGCAACGAUUGUUAAUUUGAAGCUCAAAUUUUUACUAAUUUAGGAAACAAUGAGUCAAAACUUUUCCCUUUUGGACUUUUAAUUUUCUUUGUUUCUUUUCUGUUGUUGUGUUUAGUAGAGAUGCUUCCAGGCGAGGAGCAGGUUUUAAACCGGUGACCUGUGUUCGGUCUUUUUCCCUCCCUGCACGCUGUUCGCAGAUCAGCUGACGAGCGCGUUCAGAGCCUCCGCUUCAGCGCUCGUCCGUUCACAGAUCAGCCGGCAGGCGUUGAAGACGGGACGGACGGCCGGUCAUCUUUAGACGUUAGACUCGUUUUUCUUCUAUGAAAAGAAACUUGAUGUUUUUAUUAUUCUAAAUAUGAAACUGAUGUUUUAAACAGAUGUUUUUGUCUCAGUUUUAGCAAAAAGUUUUUGGUUUUUUUGUUUUUUUUGACUUGUGUUCCCAACAAAUACUUGAAUUUCUUAAAAAAAAAAAAAAAAUGUUUAGAGUUAAAGUAGUGAAUGAUAAAUAAAAAUAAAUGGACACUGGAUAAUAUUCCUCUGCCACGUUCAGAAGUCUUUUCUCUCCAUCUUUACUUCGAAGCGCCAACGAGAUUCUUGUUUGGGCAUGAUGUCGCAGGGUGUAAAUAACUCUUUCCCAAUCUGUGAAAAAAGUUUGUGGUUGUAGAUUAAAAAACUCUGCGUUCAGCUGUGAAAGCAAA